AUGCCGAUCUUAUCAAUAUUUGAAAAAAUGUUUCUUAGAUCUCUUUCUCAAAAAUUCAAUUCACCUUAUAUUAAAAAUAUUAAAAAUUAUGCUACAACGGCAAAGCAACAACCAGAACCAUCAGUUUAUAUGGUAUUUAAUCGAGAAAUGAAAAGAAUACAAAGGGAUCGUGCUUCGAUGGAUGUUGAAAAUAGUAGGCAAGUCGAUUAUCUUAAAGAUGAAGUCGCUUAUAGAAUCGUUGAUAGGUUGUUGGACAUUAAAAGAAAAUUUAAUACAAUUGUGGAUUUAGGUAGUGGGUGCGGGCAUAUCAUCAAGCAUGUUGAUAAAGACAUGAUGAAAAGGUUAAUGAUGUGUGAUAUGUCAUCAAAAAUGUUGGAAAGAGACAGAUUUGUCGAUUAUGAUGUUGAAGUUGAGAGAAUUGUCGUUGAUGAAGAAUCAUUACCUUUUGAAGAGAAUUCUUUAGAAGCAGUUUUAAGCAAUCUUUCUUUACAUUGGGUCAACGAUUUACUUGGUACCAUGAUUCAGAUUCGUAAAUCAUUAAAACCCGAUGGAGUAUUUAUUGCAUCAAUGUUUGGUGGUGAUACAUUGUUUGAACUUAGAACAUCAAUGCAACUCGCAGAGUUGGAAAGGGAAGGUGGUAUUUCGCCUAGAGUAUCUCCAAUGACUGAAGUACGAGAUGUUGGAAGUUUAUUGUCUCGUGCGGGAUUCACUUUGACAACUAUAGAUAUUGAUGAUAUUACUGUGAAUUUUCCUAGCAUGUUUGAGUUGAUGAAUGAUUUGAGAACCAUGGGUGAAAAUAAUGCCGUAUUGACCAGGAGACCAUUCCUUAAAAGAGAUACAAUGAUAUCCGCCUCUGCCAUUUAUCAAGAACUUUACGGAAAUUCUGAGUCAAUUCCUGCAACUUUUCAGAUAAUCUACAUGAUUGGAUGGAAACCCGAUAUUUCACAACCAAAACCUUUAACUAGAGGAUCGGGUCAAACAUCAUUGAAAGAGAUAUUUGAAGGUGAUAAAGGUGGUAAAGUUGAUAAUUAA